AUGGCUCGGCCCAGCAGUGCACCGCGGAGUCUGUCUUUGACAGAGGAGCUAGAAAGGCUCGAACAGUCCAUCACAUUGACUCUCCAAGAGAUCGACCAUAAUUUCAGCAAAUCUCACCGAAUUGUCACCACCAGUAUCUUACCCUUGGUAGAACAAUAUGGCGAAAACUCUCGCGCAGUCUGGGAAGCUUCCAAGUUUUGGAAGCAAUUCUUCGAGGCGUCCGCAAAUGUUUCGCUAUCCGGAUACGAGGAGCAUAACAAUGACGAAGAAGAAAGCACUGCGGUAGAAGAGAGCACUGCGUUGAGAGACGAUACCGAGAUGGACUAUUCAAGAAGCCAUGCCGAGGACAGCACAGCGCUACACGAACAACAGUCCAAUUACCAUGGCGAGGAAGAGUCGAUGUUGGACGAUGCUGAACUUACGGGGAGCACGCCUCGUCCUCCGGCCACCAAGACCAUGAGGACUCAGAUCGCCAGUCUCGAAUCGCCAUACGAAAACGUCAAACGGGAAUUGCGAAGCGAAGAGGGACACACGACUGUGCUGGAGGAUGACGAUGAUGAGGAUUCAACAGUACUAUUCGCCCAGAGAACCGCCCAGCUGCCUGACAUUGCUUUGACGCCUCGAAAUGCCUUGGCAGAGAAACACAACAAGGAGCACUCGGUUCUACGGAGUGGCAAAGACCCUAUUCUCCACCGUGUCCUGGACAAACAGUACCGAAUCCAGUCAACACCACAUAGACCACCGCUGCGCAUCUCUCCUCUGAAACGAGACGACAAGGGUAAAGAGAAAGCUUCUGCCACUCCAUCCUGGAAAGAUGGUUCACCAAUGUCAUCUCCCGAGAUGGCGGUGCCCAAGUUGAGAAGUGAAGCAUUCAUGUCGCCGUUCAAGAGCAACGCUCGGCAACGCCUGGCAAAUGCGACCCGGGGACCGAGGACCCCCGGCGUCAGUGUUCAGACCCCUGGCGCGGCAAAGACCCGAGAUGUGUUCGCAGAUCUCGACACCACCGACCAUAGCGAGGAUCCGAAAUAUGAGAUUGACUGGGAUGUCGGAGAAGCCGCCGAUUCUGAUGAUAUAGACCUGUAUGCCGGAAUGAGCCCUCCGAAGACGAUCCAGUUUGCUCUGGCGCCCUCGAAACUGCUUCAGACUCCAGCCCGCGAAGCAAGCAAGAGGAUUGUUGAAGACAUCCUGUUAGAUGCUGGAGUAGACCCAGAGUCUUCUGAAUACAGUCCCACAAUGGUCAAGAUGAACGAAGAUAUUCUCAACGACAGUUUUUAA